UUCCGUUUCCUUAACUGCAACCGUAUGCACACAAACUUGCUGCACAUUAGACAUCACUUCAACAAACCAAGAUGCCGUCCAGCAUGUAUGACUACGAGGUGCUACACACCAUUGGGUCCGGUUCUUAUGGACGAUGUCAGAAAAUAAAACGGAAAUCUGACGGAAAGGUUCUGGUCUGGAAGGAGGUGAAUUAUGGCACAAUGUCCGAGAGCGAGAAGCAGAUGCUGGUGUCAGAGGUGAACCUCCUAAGAGGGCUGAAGCAUCCCAAUAUAGUGAGAUACUACGACCGCAUUGUCGACCGCACCAACACCACGCUGUGCAUCAUCAUGGAGUACUGCGAGGGUGGAGACCUGGCAAGCCUCAUUGCCCGAUGCAUCAGGGAAAGACAUUAUUUAGAAGAAAAGUUCAUCCUGCGUGUCGCAGCACAGCUCAUGUUAGCGCUGAAGGAGUGUCACAAGCGGGAUGACGACAGGCCCACCGUCCUUCACCGAGACUUGAAACCAGCCAACAUCUUCCUGGACGUCAAACAGAACGUGAAGCUGGGUGACUUUGGCCUGGCCCGGAUCCUCAACCACGAAGCCAGCUUUGCCCAGACGUUUGUUGGAACGCCUUACUACAUGUCUCCUGAGCAAAUGAACCAGAUGUGUUACAAUGAAAAGUCGGAUAUCUGGUCACUGGGUUGUUUGCUGUAUGAGCUGUGUGCCCUUAGGCCCCCUUUUACUGCCUACAACCAAAAAGAGUUGGCCAUCAAGAUUCGAGAGGGCAAGUUCAACAGAAUCCCGUAUCGAUACUCGGAAGAAAUAAAUACCCUACUCAAGACAAUGCUCAACUUGAAGGACUAUCUGAGGCCAUCUGUGGAAUCCAUCCUCCAGAGCAGCCUUCUGGCCGAAGCAGUCGGCGAAGAGCGGAGGAAAGCGCGGCAACUUCGGAGGCAGUCGGCGGGCUCCGGCGUUGCUUCCAAAAAGCCCACAGAUGUAACGCCUUCUGUCGCAGAGCUCAGGCUCCGAGAGCAGGCCUUGAAAGAGCGGGAAAAGGCACUUAAAGAACGUGAAGAGAUGCUGGAGCGACGGGAACAAGAGAUGUGUUUUCGUGAAAGCCUCGCAGACGAGAAACUAUUAAGAGCGGAGUAUUUUUUGAAGAAUUUCCCUGCGGCGCAUCAGAGGGAGCAGAGCAUAGGUGUCUGGGAGCAGUACUCCCCUGGCAAGAAGUUUCAUUUUGUAGGCGACAACAAGGAAAACCGUCAGCUGGAUCACUCUGUAGCAAUGGCACCGCGAUACGACAUGGUCAGUCAGCAUGCUCAAACCCUGACGAAUUUCGAAAAAGCCUAUCAGAUCCUCCGCAUGCGCAUCUGACAGUCGUCGUGUGACCGUAAAAUUGUAAAUAUUUUAAGUGUUGGGUCUACUUAACUUAAAUUAAGCUUGUGUGUAUGUGCUAUUUAUAAAGUGCCGUGCUUGUUUUAUCGACAAGAUUUUGUAUUGAAGAAGGUUGUCAUUAUUAUAGGUUCAAAAUACAACAACAAAGGCCAAAUUAAAGGUUUGAAUACAUUUAGGUUAUAAUUGGCAUGAAUAUGAUUGUCUUUGACCAAAGGGGCAUAUGCAGGAAAUCUGGUUCAUUCUGGAAAUUUAGACAGCCUAGCCUAAAAUACAACAACCAGGUAGUACAGAUGAACAAAAAUGUACUGUUUAACCAAACCAAAUACUCUUUUCAAGUACUCAAUCUACCACAAGAGGUCACUCGUUUAUCACAAUAGUCCAUUGAAAUCAAUGUCUGACUAUGUCA